AUGGCGGACGACGAUCCCGAAGAUUGCCUGCUGACCAAGAAGACGCUGCAGAAGGCGCGGCUCGCGAACGAGCUGCGCUUCGUGCAGGACGGCCAGGAGCUGCUCGACUAUCUCGGGCGGCGAGGAAGGUUCGCCGACCCCGCCUCCUCGCCGCGCCCGGACCUGAUCCUGCUCGACCUCAACAUGCCCAACUGGCCGGGCUCGACUCGCUCUGGGAGAUCAACCUCAGGCCGGCGCUGA